AUGUCGUCUGAAACAACCAAACAGGAAAGUCAGACAUCUCCGUUAAAGCAAACCGGAUGGCCAAUGUUCUACUGCCCCACCUCACAAAUUCACGACACUGGAGAAAUUGCAAGGAUCCGUCAUGAGUGCAAAGAGGAAAGUUUCUGGUACAGAGCUCUUCCUUUGUCUCUUGGAAGCAUGCUUGUCACCCAGGGGCUGGUUUCAAAAGGCAUUUUCUCAGCAAACCCAAGAUUUGGUGCAUUACCUAAGAUGGCAAUUGCUGGUGUUUUAGGUUUUGCCGUUGGAAAGUUGUCGUACAUGGGAGAAUGCCAGAAAAAAUUCCAGAAAAUUGGUGUUGUGCCAUGUGGUUCACAACACAAAAGGCAUUGUCAUCAUACUUGCAAAGAAUGUAAAGCAAAAUUGGGACCGAAUGAGAAAGAAGGUUCAACUCCUUCAGCAUCUUAG